GCAGCGAAGAAGCUAAUCACUCCCUACACAGAGUUUUUGGAUCAAUUCAUCACCGACAUCGGCGGCAGCGGCCCUGUCUCAGACAGUACUAAGGUCAUCACUCCUUUCAAGCCACCUGCCGAUGUGCUUGAGAUGCAAAGUAAAGGAAAAGAAAAGGACUCUGAGGAUGUGUGGAAGGCUGUGAAUGUGAGGGAAUCUCAAAUGAACUCGGCACGCUCGCUGGACACCUUGUUUGAGCUCAACCAACUCGCCGCGGUCAAUAAGCAGGCGGCCAAACCUGCUCCUUCGGCCGACUUCAAGGCCGUCAAGUUGGACAGCAAGAGCUCUGCGGCUCCGGAUUCGUUCGUGUUCGAAGGCGAUGCCGAAUUCACCAAUCUGCUCCAGGAGAUCUCGCCGGCCACCAUCCGAUUCGUGGGUAAGACCCACAGGUCCUCUGGCCCGCCCGCUGCGCCCGCCCUCAGCAGCCCUGGCACCACCAGGCCCACGCCCUCGCCGGGUUCUGCCUCUCCAGUGGCACCUGCGCCGCUCUCCGGGCGACGGGCCGCGAGCCCGAUGGUGAAGGUCUCCGUCGAUACACUCGAGGCGGUCGACGUCCUGGACGUGUUCGACUCCCUUGACAAGGUCAUUUCCGUGUCCGAGCAGAUGAUUGCCAAAGAAAAAGACCUGAAAUGGGCAGCUGAUACGAACGCGCAAACGGUCGAAGCAACGCUCUUGAGCAACUCGCCUCGUGGCCCGCGAUCGUCGGGCUC